UAGGGGAUUGGUAGGAGGCUUAACAAAACUGUUUUCCACAUCUAGUAUAGGGUUAGCUGGAAGUACAUGAAUACUUUACAUUUCCUCCUCCCCUUCCCUUCUUUAAGUUCUGUUGGGAAAUAAAUAAUCGUAUCAGAAUUAGUUUGUUUAGUCUUAGAUUGAUAGCUGAGUUUGUACUUCAUAUCUUGCUCAUGGGGAAGAGAAUAGUAACCAGAAGUUUAUCGGUGAAUGGAAGUGAAGUAGUUUUGUAAAACUAGAUCAAGUAAUUUGUUGUUUUGCUUCUUGCUCUUCCAGGCGGAGCCUUCACCAACUACUGGUUCUCUCUUUAAGCGUCAGGCUGCACAUGGCUCUGUCGCUUCUAGUGCAUAUUCAGCGGCUGCGGUGUGUUCCAAUACUAUUGACGAAAGAAAUUCCAGCUGCUUUGAGCUUAGACCCAUCCUAAAUCAAAUCUGGCACCUGCAGAUCUAAACCAUCUUAGAAGCGAACAAUCUCUGCGGAUCCAAGGUCAAUACCAGACUGUGUCAUUUAACUUAUCAGCUCCAGUUAAGAGCGAGAUGGCUGGCUCUUCAAAUGAGUUGAGUCUCUUGGUAUCAGUUCAUACAGCUACUUCUGUGGCUACUGUUCCUGCUGAAGACGAUGUAGACGAAUUAAACCAGAUUGGGAACCCAAAUAAUGGGACACAGUCAGGGCAGUCUGAUCAUAGAGUAACUGUCUCAUCCACAAUAUCUGAUGAUGGACACAACUGGAGAAAGUACGGACAGAGACAUGUUAAAGGAAGUGAAUUUCCUCGCAGUUAUUACAAAUGUACACAUCCUAAUUGUGAAGUGAAAAAACUAUUUGAGCAAUCUCAUACUGGACAGAUUACAGAGAUAAUAUACAAAGGUACACAUGAUCAUCCUAAACCUCAACCUAGUCGCCGGUGUUCUUCUGGAAAUGUCAUGUCUGUACAAGAAGAAAGAUCCGACAAGGUGCUAUCUUUUCCUGGUAGAGAUGACAAGUCAUUCAGCAUAUAUGGCCGGAUGGCUCAUUGUAUUGAGCCAGAUAGUACAGCUGGUCUAUCUCUGGUCGCAGUUAAUGAUGGUAAUGUGGAUGAUGUUGAUGAUGAUGAUCGUUUCUCAAAGCGAAGGAAGAUGGAUGGUGAGAUUGAUAUCACUCCUGUGGUGAAGCCAAUCCAGGAACCACGUGUUGUUGUACAGACUGUGAGUGAAGUUGAUAUUCUGGAUGAUGGGUAUCGAUGGCGCAAGUAUGGGCAAAAAGUAGUGAGAGGAAAUCCUAAUCCUAGGAGUUAUUAUAAGUGCACUGCUGCUGGUUGCCCUGUUAGAAAACACAUUGAGAGGGCAUCUCAUGAUCCGAAAGCUGUUAUAACCACGUACGAGGGAAAACACAAUCAUGACGUACCUACUGCAAGGACCAAUAAUCAUGAUACAACCGGAGCCGUAAAUACACCAGCUAGGAUUACAUCGGAAGAAAAUGAUGCCAUUAGCCUUGAUCUUGGUGUUGGGAUUACUCCUCAUGAAAAUAGUUCGAACGAGAAUCAGCAACUGCGUCUUGAACUCGUCCAAAGCAACCCUCAGACUGGUGGUUCUAGUUUCAAGCUGAUUCAAGCAUCUCCAAUGACAGCAUAAUAUAGUGUUCCAAAUGGUGGCCUGAAUCAGUACGGAUCUAGAGAAACACCCAGCGAAGGCCGCCGUGUUGAACUUACACCCCUAGAUCAUUCUUAUGCAUAUGCAGACCAUGGGAAGAAUACUGACAGGUCCAUGAAUCUGUUAAGGUACAAGAAAUAAAACAUGGACAUUAUUUCUUUUCUCCAUCUUUUUGGCUGGUAAAAGAAAGGUUAUUAAUCUUAAUUCUGAAAAUAUAUCGCUUCUAUAUAAAUAGUUUAUUAUCUGUGCUGAUAUUGUAAUCGGCACACAAACUAUCUUCUGCUGCAAAAUCAGUCUUUCUAUUAACUUGGGAGUUUGUACAAAAGUGGAACUGGUAUAUGUAUUAUUCUUCUUAAAGGAAAGUGUUGUAAAACAUGUCCCCGAAAUCGAAUUUGUAAGAAACAUGUUUUUCCCAUCU